AUGGGCAAGGUUCACGGCAGUCUGGCACGUGCCGGCAAGGUCAAGUCGCAGACCCCCAAGGUCGAGCCGCAGGAGUCCAAGAAGACGCCCAAGGGCCGCGCCCACAAGCGCGAGCAGUACACGCGCCGCUUCGUCAACGUGACGACGACGCCGGGUGGCAAGCGCAAGGUGAGUUUUCGCAAGGCGGCGCAGGAGCCGCGAUGGCGGGCACGCGGCAAACGAUACUGUCCAUCGCCCGACGACCGCCGUCGACCACCGUCGUCCACCCUCAUCGCAUCGCACAGCAUGCUAACGUCCACAGAUGAACGCCAACCCCGCCGCCGCGUAAAGCAAUCCGGGCCCGACGACAACUUUUGGGGACCGGCUCUGACAGUAGAUGAAAACGAUGAAUCGAUGACGAAUGGAAAAGGACGAGUGGAAAUGACCGAAUGGGGACGACUGGACUGGACCGACCGGAGCUCGGUUGACCUGUGUCGACGGGCGCGGCUGGUUGAGCUGUUGUAUUCGCGGACGGCACUUUCAAAGUGA